UAUCCGUUUUAUAAGAAGAAUAUAAAGAACGAACUUUUAUUUUGAACAUGUGUCGGUUCACAACGAACGAAUCGGCACAGUUGGAACUUGGCCUGUGUGCUAGUACAGGCGGAAACUGUGCUGCGGUCACCUUUUAAAUUCAAGUUGAUUUUAUUUUUAUGUAGUGUUGUUAUAUUUUGUUUGUACACCUUGUGCUGAUCCAGUAACGCAGUGGUUAACAAAGUUUUCCUGCGAUGGCGAGUUCAGACCCUGCAGCAGGCAGCCUGGGUGAGGAGUUUGCCGUCCCCUCUCACGUAGAGGAGGUCAAGAAUGUGAUGGCUUCGUUUGCAAAGCAGCAUGGGGCUGCUGGACGUAGGGUCGUCCUAAUCACCUCAGGAGGCACCAAGGUCCCUCUUGAGUCCAGGACAGUGCGCUUUCUGGACAACUUUAGCAGUGGUCGGAGAGGGGCCUCCUCUGCUGAAUACUUUCUCAACUCUGGAUAUGCUGUGAUUUUUCUACACAGACAUCGCUCUCUCUACCCGUACACACGCCAGUAUACGGGGGUCAAUUUGCUGGACUGUCUUACAUUUGAGACCGCCAGGGAUGGCACUGGUCUGCUCCAAGUGGAUCAGAAGGCGUUACCCAACAUCACAGAGGUAGUGAAACAGUACCAGGCAGUAAAAGCGGAGGGGUUACUUCUACCAGUGGAGUUUAACACCUUAUCAGAAUAUCUUCACCUUCUCAAAGCAGCAGCACAAGCUCUCAGUUCAACAGGCUCCAAUGCCAUGUUUUAUUUGGCUGCAGCAGUUUCUGAUUUUUACAUCCCUGCAUCUGAAAUGCCAGAGCACAAAAUCCAGUCCUCCAAUGGGCCUCUACAGAUAAGCAUGAAAAUGGUACCCAAGAUGCUCAAACCACUUGUGAAAGACUGGGCCCCACAAGCCUUUGUCAUUUCAUUUAAGCUGGAAACUGAUCCGUCCAUCCUCCUAGAGAGAGCUCGUCGAGCCUUGGACACCUACAAGCACCAAGUGGUCGUGGCAAAUGUCCUGGACACACGUCGUGGUUACGUAGUUAUUGUGACUAAGGACACCCAAGAAGAACUGAUUCUUACAGAUGAGGAGGUACAGAGAGAUGUUGAAAUUGAAGAAAAGAUCAUAACUAUUCUGUCAGCUGCACACACUGAGUUCAUUAACCAACAAGGUUAAAUGUUGGCUUUCUUAAGACUUUUUACUUAAUUAAUAAUAAUUUACCUAUGGCUCUAUGUGUAUGUAGCAGAUUCUAGAUUCCAAGAGUUCAAAACAGUGGCUUUUUUAAUACUGGUCAUUCACAGCACAAUUAAAAUUAAUUUUAGCCAUUUCAGCAGGAUGGCAGUGUUAGUUAUAGUUAAAUCUCAGCCUUUACCAUGAUUCAAACAUUCCUAAGCAUUCAUUUUCCUACAAAGUAAUUUAACAAACCAGCUUUGGCAUACAGAAAAUACCAUUUUAAUUGUCCGCGGCACGGUGGCUCAGAUCCCAAUGUGUAACCAAAGUGUGUAAAACAUGUUAAAAAUCCUAAUAAAAUUUAAAAAUAACAAA